AUGUGCAUCUUCUCCGCAGGCUCCAAACCCACAAGCACCACGGCCCCGGAGCAGCUACCGCCGCUACAGACGUCCAGCGACGCCGGCGACCUCAAGCUGCCCAAGAACAAGAGCACCAGCAACCUCCUGUCCCAGAGCAGCCCCGCCAACGCAUCCCUCGCCGUGAACACCGUCCGCCCGCGCAUGUCGUUCGACUCGGGCACCUCGCGGGACUAUGACAGGCUGACGAGAUCCCCCAUCGUUCCUGAGCACGAGCAUGGCCUGGGAGCCUCGGGCCUGCGCCGCAUACGGCAGCAGCCGCUGCGUCCCAGCACCAGCUCGGCCACCUCGCGCUCUGCCUCGAUCAACCUGUCCCUGCCGCCCACGCGUCACCCCUCGGCCUCGCACGCACUGCCCUCCGGGCCCGGCUCGCCCGCCCUCAACUUCAGCGAAGACCUCUCCCGCUUCCCCUCCGAGUCCCUCCAUUCCUUCUCCUUCGCCCACCAGUCCGAGGAUUUCAUAUACAACCGCCAGAAUGUCUUGAAGCGAUCCAUAGACUUUAUGCGGGACAAGCUGGGCUGGGCCGCCACCAACCCGGGCAUUGCCAACGCUCAGGCCCGUCUGAGCGGCGACCAGGAGCUGCAGAGCAUGAUGGACCUGCUGGCGCGCGCGAACCUGAUCGGUGAGGAGGCUCUGCAGGCCCAUGGCCUGGCCAUGAAGGGGCCUGUUACUGGCCCCGCGGAUUCGUCGGGCGAAAAUAUUUUCGACAAGAGCUUUGGCCGUUCAGAAAGUCCGGAGCCGAUCGACGAGAACACGCCCAUUCACAGCCCGAGGAGCGCCGCUGCCUUCUCCCCAGCCCUCAAGCCCACCAUGGAGGAGGCCCUGGCCCCGGAGAGCGACGGGAGCGUGCUCUCGUCCUCUCAGGCCUCCGGCUCGCCCGGCGCUUCCCCGCACCAGCGACUGUCCCGUUUGGCGCUGAAGAGGACAUAUACCGAUACAGCACCACUUAGGAUCCAGAGCAGAUUAAACGACGCCUUAGCCCAACCCUACUUGGCCGCCGAGCCCACUACUCUGGGCGGAAGUCAAACCCUCUCUCCAAAACAGCCAAUUCCGCAAACACCCUCCUUACCUUCCGUGCCCGGCACACACAAUGCCCCGCAUGGGCACGGCAGCCGCUGGGCGCCGGCUGCCCAGGCUAUCUUUACCACUGAAGCACAGGCUCCAUGGACCAUCACCGCAGCAAACGACUUAGCCUGUCUUGUUUUCGGAGUGACGAGAUCGGAAGUGCGGAAGAUGGGCAUCUUGGAGGUGGUUCAGAAAGAGCGACGUAAAUGGUUGGAGGACCAGCUACGAGACCCCGAUGCUGGCUCUAGAAAGGCAUUAGAAGCCCAAGCGGCCCAGAAGCCCGCCGCUCCUGCGAGCAAUAACCUUAAUAUGGGCAAUGGAAUCACAGCCAAGCUGCUGAGCAAGCCGUCGUCGCGAGCAACGCCGAAGAAGAGAUCCAAGACCGACGACGGGAGUGGUUCGUCCUUUACGACAGGCAAGAGCGUGAAGGGUGGCCUGAACCACCAAGCCAACAAGUCCAGAGGUGUACUGCUCUGCGGCGAUGUCGUACCCAUCCAAAAAAGAAACGGUGCGACGGGAGCCGCGAGUCUGUGGGUCAAGGAAAAGCGCGGCGGCCUCAUCUGGGUUCUCGAGGAGAUCGCGGAAGACGUGGUGUUCGUGACAGUCGACGAAAUAGGAUCUGUAGUCAAGGGGCAGGGCGCGAUAGAAGCCAUCUGGGGAACCGAGCGUGUUCGCAGAGGUAUGGACCUGGCAAGACUGAUUCCCGAGAUACCACGCGUCCCCGGCACCAACACCGGCGCUUUGGACUUCGACCAGAUUGCCGAGCUCAAGACAUUCACCGCCCGAACGCAGAACAGUAUCAACAUCCCCAUCACCGUGCACCAGCUAUCCGGAGAGUCGACAUUCCGCGUUUCAAGCUUCCCUCACAUCGCAGGUAUUCUCGUUUUGAAUGCCACCACGCUUCAAAUAUCGAGCGCCAAUACGGUGUUUUCUUCUGCGCUAUUUGGCCAGGCCAAACCCGAUGGCUUGCAUAUCACUGAAUUGCUCCCCAGCUUCGACAAGAUCCUCCAUAUCAUGACCGACGAGGAUCAAGUCAGCCUAGUCGACGGCAUCGUUAUCCCUGAACACAGUUUCCGCCGGGCCCGUGCGCUGCUCGCUAUGCGAGAAGGUAGAGAAGAUGCAGCUGCUGUUUUCCUGAGACCCAGUGGACUCCCUGCGAGACACCGGGACGGUGCGGAGAUAAUGGUUGAUGUGCAGAUGCGUGUGGUCAAAAGUGAAAAGUCGCCCAAAUUUUCCGACAGCGUCAUUGUUGAAAACGAAACCGAAGAAGCUCUCGAGCAUCAUCCCGCUUCAGAAGUCGUAUACGCUCUCUGGAUCACGUACUCAAGACAACUUCACGCCGUGAACCACGGAGUCGGUCCUGUAACGCCCCUCAUGUCGCGACCUGGCACUCCACCCCAUCAGCCCUCGCCCGGACAAUCCGUCAGCCAGCUCCACCCCGAAGAAGCCGACUCAUCGACACCACGGAGAGGAAGCCCCCCUGUGUCGUUGCUUUCGAAGCAAAUCAAAGAAGCGGAACCGCCAUCUACUCCCAAGCAAGAGCAAACAAAGCCAACGAUCGUGCAACAACCUGCAACACCUGGCACCCCUGCCAAGAAAAAGACCAUUGACGACUUUGUUGUGCUCGAAGAAAUGGGCCAAGGUGCAUAUGGCCAGGUCAAGCUGUGUCGAUACAAGAAUGGCAGCAAGAAGAUGGUCAUCAAGUACGUGACCAAACGCCGCAUUCUCGUCGACACAUGGACUCGCGAUCGCCGCCUCGGUACCGUUCCGCUCGAGAUCCACGUUCUCGACUACCUCCGCCGCGAUGGCUUCAAGCACCCCAACAUUGUGGAGAUGGCCGACUUCUUUGAAGAUGACGUCAACUACUACAUCGAGAUGGUGCCGCACGGUCUGCCUGGGAUGGACCUGUUCGAUUACAUCGAGCUCCGUGUCAACAUGGAUGAGACCGAGUGUAGGAAGAUCUUCGUGCAGGUUGCAGAGGCUUUGCAUCACCUUCACACGAGGGCCAAGGUCGUGCACCGGGACAUCAAAGAUGAGAACGUCAUUCUCGACGGUGAAGGAAAUAUCAAGCUCAUCGACUUUGGCUCUGCGGCGUAUAUCAAGAAUGGUCCUUUUGACGUGUUCGUUGGGACUAUUGAUUACGCAGCACCCGAAGUUCUGGCAGGUAAAUCCUACCGCGGCAAGGAACAGGACGUCUGGGCUUUGGGAAUCCUGCUCUACACGAUCGUGUACAAGGAGAACCCAUUCUACAGCAUAGAUGAGAUCAUGGAUCACGAUCUUCGCGUGCCGUACAUCAUGAGCGAGGAGAGCAUCGAUCUUAUCCGGCUUAUGCUGAACCGGGACGUCGAUCAGCGCAUCACAAUCGGUCAAGUGCUGGAACAUCCGUGGUGCAAGAUGGAGGGACAGGGUACUGGUUGA